GUUAGAUUUUUAUGUUUUAUGUCACUAUUUGACAUUAGUUUGGGUUGUUUUUAUUGCUUUGUUGAGUCAGAUGACAGUGCUCGUCUGUGCUGGGGUUACAUUGUGUCUGAAUAUAACACUCGUAAUGUAGAUGCUUGUUUCCAAACUUUGGAUAGAAUAUUUACCAAUCCAAAUAUCACUGUUGCAACUAAAGUAGGAAGAGGAUAUGAUGCAGUAUUAAAGGAGCUUUUGUUGGCUGAAAUCAUGCCUAUCAUACAAGAAUUUGACCAGAACACAAAUACUGACACUGUUUAUGAAGAAAGGUUACAAGCUGCUGCUGACACUUUUAUUGCACUUGCAUCCGGUCUUCCUAGAGCAUUUGGAUGUAUCCCUCCCUGUGGUUUCCAGGAGCUUGGAAUGGUCUAUAAUUGCAUGACCUGCCAUUAUGACACCUGUGAAUUUCCUCUGGAUUGCCCCUUGAAAGAAAUCAUUGUGAAGGAAAGCAAUAGGACUCAGAUGUGGUGUAAGGUGCCAUUUGUUUUGCCGAGUGACAUACUGAUAGUCUGGAGGUAUUCAGAGAUCAAGACCGUGUUGGUGAAUCAGUUUAAAGAGGUGACGGCUGGUGAAGACAAGCUCUACUCCAUACCAUCCGUCCGACUGGAGCACUCAGGAACAUAUCAGUGUGAGAUCUUUUCUCAGGAACAUUCCAUUGUUCGCAUCUACUAUCAUCUGAAAGUUGUUCCCCAUGUAGUGGUUGGCCAUGCAGAACUGCAGGAUGUGUUUGAUCAAGCUCUUCUACCUGCUGGACAGUUCUCACUCCUGACCCCUCAGCCUCCAUUUGCCUUGUUAAGGCUGCCCAGCCCAGAACUCCUUACGACCUGUCUGACGUCACUGCUCCUGCUGCUAUUUCUCACUCUGGGGUUGGUGUACAGGUGGUCUUCCAAUAGAAAGCACAGUAAUCUAGACGAAGACCCACAUAGAAGGAAAUAUGUACUUCAGAUGGAAUGAGCCGUUCUCACCUCCAAUACUGUAUACUUCUGACAAUAAAUAAAAGUGAUUUGGUUUACCACUAGAGGGGACCAGAACCACUUGCCUAAUGUAA